AUGGUGAUCGUGAAGCCAAGACUCUUCCCUUUUCUAAUAUUAUCGACUACCUUCCUCACAACCCUUUCAAUCGUACCUCGUCGGAAUGAUGAGAAAUUAAGGCAAAUCCUAAGGGACCUAGCCGUCCGCAAAGACCCUUCUCCUCUGGACGAUGAGUAUUUGGAUUCAGAAACUCCAUUGGAUUUGAAUUUUGAGGAUAUGUCGACGCUGGCGAUUGUUCCCAAUUGGAACUCGUUGCAAGGGCUGCCGGCUUGCCAGAAGGAGUGCAACCGAGCGUUUUCCGAAGCGAUGAAAGUGGCGUUUCAAGCCGAAAACAACCAAGUCCGAUUUUUUGGCGUCUGCAAGUGAGAUUUGACAUUUUUACGUGCCUUCUUUGGCUAUUUUGGGAAGUCCGAUGAAAUUAUUAUGAGUCCAAGGUUUCUUACAAUAACCCUGUUUUCAGAAACUACGAAGACGGCGUUGCUUGCCAAAACAAGUUGAUCGACUGCCCUGGCCGAGAUCUAUUUGAUGUGAUGACCAGUGGCCUUCAUUUUAUGUGUAUUGAGCAGAGAAAGGCCUUCGAGCGCGUUAUCAACUGCAUUGACGCCGAGAGAGUUCAAGUUCAAGCUCGUGAGUCUGCUCAAAGCCUAAUUUCGGUCGAUAAUUUUAUUAGAUUGCGAGAAAGUUUGCCGGGGAAGAAAUCGGCUGACAAAUUGGGCGGCGCAAAGUGGUCUGUUGGACAUCUUUGGCUCCUACGACAAGGCCUCUCCCAGAUUUGAUGGGGAACAAUUUCGAGCCGUCAUGCAGGACGUCUGCGAGUAAGUUGCCAGUUUUUUGAUUAGUCAUCAUUUUUUUCAAAAACUUCCAAACUAUUUUCAGCCUCUCUAAAUGUUACUUGACCUGUUUCCGGACCGAUUACAACAACAAGUGCGGGAAUAGUGCGGGAACUCUUCUCUCCGAAGCCAUUGUUCGCCCAAUGGCUGAGAGUCAGUCCGAGCCCUUGAUCCAGCACAUGAGCGGGUUCAUGAACUUGUUCAUGCCUCAUCAAUGCGGGUUCUUUUUGAACAAGGACGAGCUGGAUCCCCAUCGGAUCGACCCGCAUCUCAGCGAAGCGCUGAAACGGACAGCUGAUGAGGAGGGAGGGACAAACAGCAACGUUAGUCAGAAUGAUACUCUGGAGAAUACUGACAAUGUUGAUCCACCGAAACAUGAUCAAAACGAUGGAUUCGAGGGCCCGCAAACGAUCGAUGGGACCGAUUUGGAAGACGGAUUUCAUGACGAGGUUGAAGAAACGACUAAAGAUUUGAAGCCACUGAAGGACCAAGGGCAAAUUGAGCAAGAAGAAAAGCCACAGACAACUGCCAAGCCAGCCCAUGAACCCGAAGAUGACGAACAUGUUGAAGAAAAAUUUACCAAGGAUUACUUGGAAUUGUUGCCUGAGGAUUAA